UGUUCCAGAAAAAUACAAAUGAGUUAAUUGCACAAAAAAAAAAGGGAAGGAUUCCGACAGAGAGACGAUAAGAGAGAGGAAGACGAAGAAAGGAGAAACAAAAAAACACCAGAAUAACACCCCCUUCACCCUUCCCACUCUUCUGUUCGGAAAAUCCAAGAGGAAAAAACGAAACCAAGUACAAUCAUUAUCAAUAAUAGGAGCUUAUUUUUUGCUUUUCCUCUUCGACUGUUUGUUACAAUCAUUCUUUCUUUUCGUUUUACCUCCAAUUUUUUUUCCAUGAUAAUGUUUUUGAGAAUUGAGAUUUUCCUCUUCUUUCCUCAACCAUCCAUGAUUUUUGCCUCUCUGUUGUAGAUCUAAGAUUCUUCAAAAGGUCGUCGUAGCAGAUCCGCCAAUCACCGGUUUGAAGAUUUCAGAUUCCGUCCAUGGAUGAUUUUAGUGGAAUCUUGACGGAGGACUUCGGCUUCAAGCGUCAGGGGAAAUCUGCUUCGAUGGCGUCUUCUAGGAAUUCUAGUAGUUAUGGACUCGGAACGAAAUCAUCAGCUCCGAUUUUCGAUGAUCGGGAUCGCGAUGGCAUUCUCUUCAACGACGUCUUCGGUGGGCCUCCCAAGUACAGCAGCGAGUCUCGCGGCAGUUCGUUUGAUUAUGAUUCCGUAUUCAAGGACCUGAAUAUGAAUACCAACAAUGUGAAGUCCUCAACGAUGCCGGUGUUUGAUAAACCUGUUUAUGAUGACGAUAUAUUUGAGGGCUUUCGGGGUCUGAAGAGCGCGUCUGUGAAUUCGUCCGCGGUGAAGCACGAAGACGUGUUCGCGUCAAUUUCAGCGUCGCCGCCGAAGAGUAGGUCUCAUAGCAGCUCUGCUUUUGAUGAUCUAUUGGGUAAUUUGGGGAGGGAAGAAACAGAGUUGAAGAAGGAGAGCAUGCAAGUGGAGAAUGAUUCUUCGGCCUUCGAUGAUUUGCUUCCUGGUUUUGGUGAUAGUAGCUCCCCUAACAGGUCUACUUCAAAGUCUGUUAGGUCCCAUAAACCAUCUACAAAUUCUGCAAAAAGAUCCUCAAAUGCAAUGGAAAACCCAUUUGUAAUCCUUGAGACAACUGCAACUCCUCCAGUAACAACUGCAGGUUCCCCUGAUCCAUUAGAAGAAAUUAGUAAGAUUGGUAGCUCUGGAAGCCGAAAAAUGGAUAACUCAUCUGCAAGUCGGGGAGUGUUUGAUGAUGUAGAUCCUCCUGAUGGCCUUGGGAAAUCUAUUCCCACAGUGUCAACUGAGAUUAAGAAUGGGGUGAAGGAUAGGAGCCCCUUGAGAACUGGAUCAAGCAGGAAUACUACUUAUUUUUCUGUCAAUGAAAUGAUAGAAAAACACCCUAUGGAAAAUAAUGAGGGUCUGUCUUUUAAUUCUCGGAAGAAACCUGUUGACAAUUUUCAGGAAUCACCUCAAACCCCGUUCGACAUGCCCACGACCUCAACAGCUUUUCGUAAUUCUGCUGGUCGAAGAACUUCACCCCCUGCGUAUGUGAACACCAGUCAUAAUGACCCAAAUUUCCACGUAAAUGUAGCUGGAGGACCUGAGGAGAUUUCAGAUCCAUUAGAUUAUGUAUGGCUUACUGUAUCAGACAUACCUCUUUUUACACAACCUACAAGUGCUCCACCACCUUCAAGACCACCUCCCCCAAGACCGUCACGGGUGUCCAGGAGUGAGGAUGGUUCUUUCCCAUCAUCAAAUUCGAGAAAAAUGGUUAAUGAUUUUUCUUCCUCUGCAAAUUCCCCUCAGUACUCUUAUAGCCCUGAGUCUACUCGUGCAGCAAGGAGUUCAGUGACAUCUCAAAUUGAAGAACUUGAGGAUUUUGCCAUGGGUAGGACUGGCAAUGAUAUUAAUGAGCAUGGAGAAAGUCUUUCCGGUGAAGAUCUGGAUUCUAACUCAGUUGCUGUGGCUUCUGCUGCUGCCAUGAAGGAUGCUAUGGAUAGAGCAGAGGCCAAGUUCAGGCAUGCUAGGGAAAUGAGGGAGAGGGAGUAUCUAAAGACUGCUCGGAAUAAGGAAAACGUUCAACUGGAUAAAGGCGAAAAAAAUGUGUUAGAUGGUCAGGAGAGAGAAAUAAGAGAGAAACAAGAGAGGCAACAGGGGGAGGAAGAAGAGAGAGAACAGAGGAGGCGAGAGAGAGAAAGGGAGAGAGCUCGUGAAAUUGAGAGGGAAAAGGAGGAAAGAGAGAAGGAGCAAAGGAGAAUGGAGAGAGAGAGGAUUGAGAGGGAAAGGGAAGUGGCCAGACAUGCAGUAGAAAGAGCUACUAGAGAGGCUCGUGAAAGAGCAGCUGUGGAAGCUCGCCUAAAAGCUGAAAGGGCUGCUGUUGAGAAGGCAAAUUCUGAUGCUCGAGGACGAGCGGAGAGGGCUGCAGUUCAGAGGGCACAGGCUGAAGCCCGCGAAAGGGCAGCUGCAGCGGCGAGAGAAAGAGCUGAGAGAGCUGCUGCGGAAGCCCGGGAAAGGGCAACUGCAGAAGCAAGGGAAAGGGAAGCACGGGAAAAAGCAGCUGUUGCAAAGGCUGAACGUGCUGCUGCAGAGGCUCGAGAAAGAGCAUCUACUGCAGGUAGGGCAAACCAGCAAAAGAAUGAAGACAAUGAUCUUGAAUCCUUCUUCAGCAUGGGUUCUCGGCCAAGCAGUGCUCCAAGGCCAAGUGCAAACUCUUCAGAUCCUGCUUUUGAUACACAAAACAAGGGGGCAGCUCCUGAAGCUUCUAGGAGGACAUCUGUUGGAUCCUCAUCUAGCAUGAGGAAAGCUUCUUCAACAACAAAUAUUGUUGAUGAUUGGACUUCAAUUUUUGGAGCUCCCGCAUCAACUGGGGAGUUCCAAGAGUUCGAAGGGGAAAGCGAAGAAAGACGAAGAGCUAGGCUGGAACGCCACCAAAGGACACAGGAGCGUGCGGCAAAAGCACUGGACGAGAAGAAUCAACGUGACCUUCAGGCCCAGAGGGAACAGGCAGAGAGACAUAGAAUUGCCGAAACAUUCGAUGCUGAGAUCAAACGUUGGGCUGCUGGGAAAGAAGGAAAUUUACGUGCUCUGCUAUCAACAUUACAAUAUGUGCUCUGGCCUGAAUGUGGUUGGCUGCCAGUCUCUUUGACGGAUUUGAUAACUGGUGCUGCGGUUAAAAAAGCCUAUAGAAAGGCAACGUUGUGUAUCCAUCCUGACAAAGUUCAACAAAAAGGCGCUAAUCUUCACCAGAAAUAUAUUGCUGAGAAAGUGUUUGACUUGCUGAAGGAAGCGUGGAACAAGUUCAAUUCUGAAGAGCUGUUUUGAGUACAUCCAGUGGCUAUAUCGCUCAAAACGACUUUCUAGUCACUGACACCAGACCUUUAGAGGUAUGUACUGGCCAACACAUGUGUUUUCCUAUCACCUGCAAUUGUCUGCAUCAGAUGACAUAUUGAUCGGGGGCAGAAGGAAAUUGGAAGAUUUUUUUUGGGAGGCACUUUUUCAGUUGCUUGAAAUGCCGAAGGUCGAAGUGAUAUUCUUUCAUUUAGUUUGCUGUAAGCAGAUAUAUCCUUCAGCGUAUGCUCCUGGGAGUGAAAGUCACGUGGUGGUAUAAUGUUCACAUAUUUGUCCAUUUCAUUUUGCUUCCCUAUUUGCUCCCUCCCGCCCUUCCCCCUCACCCCCCUUUUGUUUGUGUUAAUUCUUUGGUCUCCAAGUGAAAAUAUUUUAUGUUGGAAAUAUACCAGACGGUACGUGCAGAGCGUAUGAUUCUUGAGCUUAGUAACUCGGAGUCCGGAGCUGGAAGUUUUUCA